AUGGAGGACUUCUCAUCAUGCUGUGCAAGCACAACAUUUGCUAACGAAAUAUCUAUAGCCUCUCCAUUUUCAUCAUUAGAACAUGCAAUUACUGUUGCUAGAGACAUAUGGUUCUGUAAAUUGAAUGCUAGGUGUUGGUUGGAGGCUAUAUCAGGACGAUUUUGUUCUAACGAAUUCUUGGAAACGACGAACGAAGUUACUAUACAGGAACUUGAUGAAUGGGGAUCAAUAUACGAGGAGAAAUUUGGGUAUGUUUUUGUGACAUGUACAUCUGGUAGGAUCUUUGAAGACAUACUUGCUGAAUUAAAGACGUGCUAUAGAAACAGGCAUGUUGUUGAGUUGGAUAUUGCUUCAAAAGAGGAAAUGAAGUAUAUAGAACUGCACAUUAUAGAGCUUCUUUCCAAGAAAUCUGUCUGA